AUGCUCAGGCAAAUAUCUAAGCCAUCCAACUCAUCAUCCAUCCUCCAGUCACUACAAAAAAAACCUCUCAAUCUCACACAUACAUUCACUCUCUUGAAUUCUUUUCAAACAAAAACAACAACAACGCAAAAAUGCUCUUCACCAAGGUCUCUCUCGUCUGCGCCCUCGCGGCCUUCGCCACCGCCGCCGACGUUACCAUCACAAGCACCAAAGUCAACACUGCAACUGACACCAAGACGGCCGUCGUCGUCACCAGCACCAGCACCAGCACGCACACUAGCACACACACUAGCAACCCUGCCCCCACCAUGUCUGCCGGCGUUGCCGUCGGCAUCGGUGCUAUUGGUAUCGCUGCUUUGGGCCUGUUGUAAACACAUACACAAUUCACCCGUUUUUUUCUCUUAUUUUACAAUUCUGGAAGAGGGGGGAUAG